AUGGCUGCGCUCCUCUUCGCCGGCGUCUUCGCUCUCCUCUGCGCCCAGCUGAGCCCCCGUCUGGCUGCUCUCGGCACUGGCCCAGAGGAUGGGGACAGCGUCUUCCUGGAGCAGCUGUUUGAAGGGGGGAUGGCGGCCCCCUUUCAGGGCUGCUUCUCUUCCCCCAGACUUUGCAGCUGUCCGGGGAGCGCCCCGUCCCCUGACUUUGAGACGGGCGGCUUUGAAAGGCCGUGGAUGCUGACCGCUGUGAAACCUGGAGGGGGGUUAUCUGGGCGUUGCUUCUCCUAUCCUUAUGUGCUUCUUCCCCUUUUUGCUCUCUUGCAGGCGAAACCGGCCGGUGUCUUCGAGCUCCAGGUGCUCUCCUUCGCCACAAGCAGCCCCCGGAGCUGGUGCCACGGUGCCCACCCCUGCCGCCUCUUCUUCCGCGUCUGCCUGAAGCAUGCCCAGGCUGUGGUAUCACCCGAACCCCCCUGUACCUUCGGGGCAGCCCUCAGUGACAUUGUCCCAGCUGACCGCAGUGCUGUGGCAACCAGUGGACCCAUCCGUGUCCCCUUCCACUUCAAGUGGCCGGGGACCUUUUCCCUCAUUAUUGAAUCUUGGAGGGCAGAAUCAGGAGAACCAUCGACAGAGGAUGCCCAGAAGCUGAUCAGCCGCCUGGCCACCCGCCGGCGCUUGGCCGUGGGCGAAGAUUGGUCGCAAGACGUACAGCUGGGGGACCAGAGCGAGCUGCGUUACUCCUACCACGUCACCUGUGACGAGCAUUACUACGGGGAGAGCUGCUCAGACUACUGCCGGCCGCGGGACGACACCUUCGGGCACUACGCCUGUGACGAGCUGGGCAGCAGGAUUUGCCUGGCAGGGUGGCGGGGUGAAUACUGUUCGGAGCCCAUCUGCCUGCCCGGCUGCAGCCACGCCCACGGGUUCUGCGAGAAGCCCGGCGAGUGCAAGUGUCGGAUCGGCUGGCAGGGGCAGCUGUGCGACGAGUGCGUGCGCUACCCGGGCUGCCUGCGGGGCACCUGCGUGCAGCCCUGGCAGUGCAACUGCCAGGAAGGCUGGGGCGGGCUCUUCUGCAACCAGGACCUCAACUACUGCACCAACCACCGCCCGUGCAAGAACGGAGCCACCUGCACCAACACGGGCCAAGGGAGCUACACCUGCACCUGCCGGGCCGGCUUCGCAGGGACCAGCUGCGAGAUCGAGACCAACGAGUGCGACAGCAACCCCUGCAAGAACGGCGGCAGCUGCAACGACUUGGAGAACAACUACAAGUGUACCUGCCCGCAAGGCUUCUAUGGCAAGAACUGUGAAGUCAGCGCCAUGACCUGCGCGGACGGGCCAUGCUUCAAUGGCGGGAGCUGUGCGGAGAAGCGCUCUGGCGGCUACACGUGCCACUGCCCGGUGAACUACCACGGGUCCAACUGCGAGAGGAAGAUUGACCGGUGCAGUAAUAGCCCCUGUUUGAACAAUGGACACUGCCUGGACCUGGGGCGCAGCGUGAUCUGCAAAUGCCGUCCCGGUUUUGCCGGCUCCCGCUGUGAACUCAACAUGGACGACUGUGCCGGCAACCCAUGCGCCAACGGAGGAACCUGCAUCGACGGCCCCAACAGCUACACCUGCUCCUGCACCUUGGGCUACGGCGGAAAGGACUGCAGCACCCGCAUGGACGCCUGCGGCUCCAGCCCCUGCCUGAACAGCGGCACCUGCUACACGCACUUCUCGGGCCACGUCUGCGAGUGUUUGUCCGGCUACAUGGGCUCGAGCUGCGAGUUCAAAGUCCAGCUUCCCACCCCGGUUAGUAGCCAGCGGGUGGCCGAGGGCCCUUUCCCCACCGCCCUGGCGGUGUCCUUCGCCCUGGGGCUCAUGACGUUGGUGCUCGCGGCGUGCGCUGCUGUCGCUGUGCUGCGGCACAUGAGGCAGGGCCGCAAGGCCGUGAAGAGCAGCGUCCGGAAUGACCUGGCGACCAUCAACAACCUGAAGGAGAGGGACGGCUUCCUUAUUUCCCCCGGGCGGUUCAAGGUGUCGAACAAAGAUGGCCGGUUCCACAGCGACCAGUUUAACUGCAAGAGGAAGCUGUUGGAUCAGGGCCGUGAGUCCAUCUGCAAGAAGAAGCUGGAGAAUAAAAAAUCCGAGCCAAUCCUAUCAAUCACCCCUGCUGGCUAUCCCAAAGAAGGCGCCUACCACCCCAUCUACAUCAUCCCAGACCAGAUGGAGCAGUGCAUUUAUGCAACGGAGGUCUGAAGAAGAUUCUUCUCCCCAGCUCUGGCAUCUCUAUUUUAUUUUGUUUUCCUCCAAAUUCUCAGCUAAAGGAAUGUUUACAAA